AUGUUUUCACAAAGUUAUUUCAGCCAGAACACCAAAAUAUAUGGUUCAAUAAAAAGCCGUAAGAAUGCAAUUUUACUUAUGUUCAAAAAAAAGAGAACUGAGGUACCAAGGGACCCAGGACAUCCUGUUGAAACUAUACGCCUUAAAGAACUAAGGUCAAGAGUUGAAGUGUUAGUUGGAGUAUCAAAUUUCCCUGGUGCGCAACCAACUAGUUUCUAUUCCAAGCAUAUACAGGAAUUGCAAAAUGAAGAUUAUUAUGUUUGUGAGCAAUCGUACAGAACGCGUGUAUUAGCUUAUAUUACAUGUGACAGUCCUGGAAAACCAGCCGUUUUUUUGAUAAUACAGAUCGAUUGCAAAAAUUACUAUCACCUAAUACCAAAUUUAAUCUUUCCUGUUCCUGGUGACGAAAGCUUUUCACAAUUUCAUUAUGAAACGUUAUUGGAUUGUGAAUUAGUUUAUGAAACCGAAAGCGAUGGGCGUAUUACUCCAAAGCUCUUGUUUUUUGAUUUAUUAGUAAUGGAUAAAACGAACUACAUGAAUAAGCCUCUAAACAAAAGAUUGGGUUAUCUUCGUGAUUAUAUAAUGAGCCCCUAUGAAAAUAUGCUGCGUAAACGUCCGGACCUUGCGAUUAUUCAACCAUUUAAUUUCGAUUUUAAACGCCAUAACAAGAAUAAUAAACCGAGAUUUUGUCUUUAUAAAUGGAUGGAUGUUCAUAAAUAUUUUGAUAAUAUAUAUGUUACCGAUGAAGUGUGGGAGCAAUUUUGGAAACAUGAUUUUCAACAAUAUGAAGGACGUAUUGUUGAAGCAGUUUAUAACCCUUCAAUUCAUCCACCAUGGAGAUUUAAAAGGUUUCGUGAUGAUCAACCACGCGCAAAUCAUCAUACUUUAAUUUCAUCCGUGCCAAAAAUACGAGAGUAG